AUGGGAUCUCCAUAUCUAAGUGUUGAAAUUAAUAAACCAAAAUCUGAGAUUGCAACCAAUCUUAAGAAACCUAGAAGUGGCAACUUUAGCAUUGAAGAAGAUGUUCUACUUGUAGAAUCAUGGAUAAAUACUAGUGUUGAUCCGGUGAAUGGGAAUGACCAAUCAAAGAAGAAAUAUUGGUGGAGAAUUUGGGAGAAGUACCAUGAACAUAAGACCUUCAAUACUAGUCGGAAUGAGGCAUCUCUACUUAAUAGAUGGGGAGUAAUUCAUAAGAAUGUAAAUAAGUUUUGUGGAUGCUUAGCUCAGGUUGAGUCAGCACAUCAAAGUGGGAUCACUCAGCAAGACAAGGAGUUAUACCGGAGUUUGGUUGGCGUUCCAUUUGCUUAUGAACAUUGCUGGAAUUUAUUGAAGAAUUGUCCAAAAUGGAGUACUAACAAUGAUAAAACAAGAAAAAGAUUAUUCGGAAAUGCAUCUUCGCCUUUUACUGAAAGUCCGAUAAAUCUAGGGGAAGAUAAUGUCUCUACUAGUAACUUUGUAGAUUUGGAGAGACCUGAAGGCAUGAAGGCCGCAAAAGAGCGAUUGAAUAAAAAAGAGAGAAAUGAUAACAAUGAUGAUAUUGUUGUGGGAUAUUUCAAAAGAAAGGGAGGAUCUAGUUCACGUCGUGGUGGUUCUGUUCCAGGACGUAUGUUCAUCGAUCGUAAUUCUUUGCAAGGCCACUUAAGGCUUUUUUUGGAUUAUUUUGCUGAUUCACCAGUAUAUCCUCCAAAAAUAUUUCGUAGGAGGUUUUGGAUGCAUCGUCAUCUUUUUUGUCGUAUUUUGUCUAAGGUAAAAGAGUACGAUCCGUACUUUGUCCAAAGAAGAAAUUGUGCUGGAACAAUCGAUUUGUCUUCCCUUCAAAAAGUGACUGACGCAUUUAGGAUGCUCGCUUAUGGAGUACCAGCUGACUACGUUGAUGAGUAUGUGCGAAUUGGAGAAACCACUAUAGAAUCUCUUCAAAGGUCUCCAAACAGCAAUGAUGUUGCUAGAUUAUUAGAAGUUGGCGAAACUCGUGGUUUUCCAGGGAUGUUGGGUAGCAUUGAUUGCAUGCACUGGACAUGGAGGAAUUGCCCAGUUGCGUGGACAGGUUCUCACAAUGACAUCAAUGUUCUAGAACGGUCUUUUGUGUUUUCUCAUAUCACUGAAGGGCGUGCUCCUCCAGCCAAUUACACAAUCAAUGGUCAUAACUACACAAUGGGAUACUAUCUUGGUGAUAGUAUAUAUCCACAGUGGCCAACUAUUGUAAAGACAAUUUCAUGCCCACAAGGAAAAAAGGCAAAACUAUUUGCUGCAGCCCAAGAGUCAGCAAGAAAGCAUUUAUUGGGCGCAUUUAGUGGUGGUACUCUGCUUGGGGAUGUUCGUGAAGAGUUGGUGUCAGGGUGA